AUUUAGUCAUUUAGCAGAAGCUCUUAUCCAGAGCGAUUUGCAUUUAACUCUGUAUAACUCGACACAACUGUCAUCUCAGUAUGCCUGCGCUUCGUCUAUUAAUUGUAUAUACCGGGAUAAGUUAUUCCUUACUUUUCAGCAUGAGUAAUGGUUGAAAUGCGUGAGAAAUACAAGGUUUUGCAUGAGAGCGUGAGACUUGAGAGCCCUAUUAUUUGGCCAAUAUGUACAAUUAAGGACUUUAACAACCACUAUCACCAUCGAAAUGUUGUCUUGUUCAUCUGGUUACCGAUAAUCCGCUGGGGGAGCAACUGCAGACCAGCACCUCUUUUGACCAUUUCAUCCACUCGAUCCCUCAUCGAUGAGCAGGUUACCAUAGAAGGCCGUUACCUUCCCCCAUUCUGUCGCAUCACCAUGCGUGCAUGCUUGCACAGCGAGGAUGGUGACCUAUGGGAGACACUCUCCCACUACAAUACAGAUAAGAAUGGCAGAGUUAACUUGACCAGGGAUGUGUCUUUGGGGGGUUCAUAUGUGGGCUGUGAGCCAAUGGGUUUAUUCUGGAGCUUGCAGCCUGCACAUGGGGGAAGAAAGGGUCUGAGACUAAGAAAGAAGAACGUUGAGACACCCUACCCAAUUCAAAUAUCUAUUCUGGAUGGUCAUGUCACAUUUGAAAAUAAUAAUAAAAAUAACCAGGAGUUGGCAGCUGUCAACGUAGAACGCUGGUACAUGGCUCCAGGUGUCAGAAGAAUGGAAAUACGACAAAACGGAAUAGUGGGGACUUUGUUCCUACCCCCAGGCCCAGGCCCAUUUCCAGCUAUGGUAGACCUAUGGGGUAUGGGUGGAGGACUGGUAGAAUAUCGUUCUGCCCUGUGUGCAUCCAGAGGCUUUGCAAGUCUUGCCCUUGCCUAUUUUGGUCACAAUGACAUUCCCGGUCCUCUUAACUGCAUUAACGUGGGAGACCAGUACUUUAGGGCAGCAUUCAAACUGCUACAGGAACAUCCUCAGGUGUGUGGGGAUCGGAUAGGUGUCAUGGGCCUUUCAUUUGGAGUCUACCUGUCUCUUAGAAUCGCCACUCAGAUUGGUGUCAGUCCCAGGUGUGUGAUUUGUAUCAAUGGGCCAAUUGGUAGUUUUAACAAGAUAUCAGAUAAUGACAGCAGGAACGAAAGCUUUGAACGUUAUCAGAAGCACUGGAGUUUCAAUGAACAGGGGUAUGUCAGUUUCAGAGAAGUUACCCUACCCAAAAAUAUACCACCAGAGAACAAACUAAAGCUUGAGAACCUGUGCUGCCCCCUGCUGUACAUUGUUGGCGAAGAUGACCUAAGCUGUGCAGCAAUGGAGAACGCAAAUGAGAUUGAGGAGAGUCUUAAGGCUGCAGGAAAAUCCCACCUGCUUGUUCGUCUGUCAUACCCAGGUGCUGGUCACCUGAUUGAGCCACCUUAUACACCGAAUGCACGAGCCUCUAUGUGGACCACCAGACCAAAAAAGCUGAUAACACUCUGGGGGGGACACCUCGCUCCCCAUGCUGCUGCCCAGGAACACGCCUGGACAAGGAUUUUGGAAUUUAUGGAAUGCAAUCUAAGAGGGUGAAGAACCCCUGAAAAGGGGAAAUCAUUCAGCAUAUGUCACUCCUUUUUUUCAGUCAAUAGGUAACAUGAACAGGAAAUGUGUAAGCUAAUGACACCCUCCUAAAGGUGUUAAGCAACACAAACCGCUCAGCGCCAGUAGAAUGCUUGCGUUGACAGUAGAGUGCUUGCGUUGUCUUGUCUUAAGAAUUUCAGUGCCCAGUCUAACCUUGUGUUGCUCUGUGCACCUGACAAAUAAAAGACU